CACUGCCACUCUUCUGUAUCGUGUUGGGUCGACUGUGUCAGAGUUUCCCUGCGCGAUCAGUACUGACCUUGCUCGAGAGGGCUGGGACGAAUCGGCGCAGCUUGUCGCAAAUUUUUCGCUCGUGGCCGUCUCUGCAGUAACUGUUGCCGAAUCCUCGUCGGGAGUGUCUCUAGCCCAAUUUGGGCUGGCUCCACGUGGCCCCAUUCUCACACUGUUCAAUGUCCCUACGUAAUCUGCUUUUCUCUGUGCAUGAGACGAUAUAUAUUUUGAGCAUCUUCUCGAACCUGGUUCUCACUGCACUCUUAGCUAUUCUCUCAUGGUUUAUUAGCUUUAGGGAUAUCUGUAUACACUCAAUGGCUCACGCUGGAUUCACAGUGACACCAUUCUAUCUACUACUAGAAUUGACACCGACAACUAUCUGUGCUUGGUGUCUGGUCAAUUACGCUAUCCCAUCGUUACAGACCAGACGAUCGAGACUUUUGCACUCUGACAUACCGGCCCCCCCACGUGUCUGCCUCUUUACUCGAAGUGAGGAUCAGCACUUCAGGGCCAAACUCAGUGCGAGAAACAAUAUGAGAAGAAGAGGAGGCAACAGAAACACUGUCACCAACUCGGAAUGGCCCUCAGCAACCGAGGGGUUCCGCUAUCUUAUGUGUCUUAUUCGGUACGCUGGAGCUCUUCGUCGGUGUAAGAUAGCUGCUCCUUGGUAUGCAAGAUGCCAACAUCUGCGUGGCAGAACCGGUAGAAUCCCCAAGCAACGUGGUUGGAGAAUUUAUCAGAUAUUGAUGCCCUGGCCUCCAUUUUCCUCGUUACCAAAAUUAGUUGCGGAGUUCAAACCGUGCGGCGUGGCAUCACGUUCGCCAUGGAAGGUGACACCAAUCUAACGGCGUUGUCGGGGCAGUGUUCCGGCUAGUCGGACUGCAUGAGAACUCAAGCCAGAUCCAUUGGAAAAGAGAAUUUAAUCACGCGGAGACGCGACGUACAUCCUUGCGUUUGAAGUCGCUUGGCAAACAUAUUCGAAGAUAUGU